AUGGUGACAGCCAGAGGCCCUGCUGAAGCCGCAAGAGCCAUGAAGAACCAGCCCCCUUCAGGGAACGCACCCGCAACACCCGCCAGCGCCCCUUCCCGAUGGCACCGGCGCAGGUUCCGGCGCAAGGCCCCCUCCGAGGUGACCGUGAAGGGCCAGCUGCGCAUGCGCUCUACCUCGGGAGCCUUUGUGAUGGUGGGCGUCUCAGUGGUGUUGGUGGGCAUGACCAUCGCUGUCAUCGGCUACUGGCCUCACCGUGCCAGGUCCGGAGGAGGCAGCCGGCCGGGCAACGCCAGCGCCACCGAUGAGAUCAAGAAGGAAGUGAAGGCCUUGGCCCACCCCCGCCCCUUACCUCACAGCGAGAAGCUGAAGCUCAUUGGGCCUGUCAUCAUGGGCAUCGGCCUCUUCAUCUUCAUCUGUGCCAACACCAUGCUAUACGAGAACAGAGACAUGGAGACCCGCUUGCUGAUGCAGAGGGAGCUCUACUCCAUGAGUCUGAGGCUCCCGCAGGACACCAGCCAGGCAAGCAGCUACUUUCAGAGGAGGCCUACCUUGUCCUCUGUCCAGGCGAAUGCAGACUGCGUGGAAGGUUGCUAUGAGGUGGACCUCUCCUCCAGUGGCUUCCAGUCUUGCUCCAGCCCAGCCGCCAAGUGGCCCAACGCUUACGACUCAAACAGGCUACAGGCCACCACCCAGUUCCACAAGAGCGUCUCGCCGUCCCUUUCCCUCCUGAGCGUCCGCUCGGAUUCUGGCAACGCCGCGCCGGAUAACCGUGGCCUCCCUUUUGCCCACGGUGCGGAGUCAGUCAUCUCAGCCGUCAAUGCCCUGUCUCUGCCUCUCAUUAAACUCAACAACUGUCUCCUUGAAAGCCAGCAAGUUUCUCGAGCAGCCAUCCGGGACUUGGAAGGCAAUUGCCUCCGCUUGCCAGAGGAGAAGGACGAGGUGUUGAGGCUCUCGUGGACCGUCCUCCCGGGGUGCAAUGCCACGGCUCCCCGGAGAAGCGAGCUCAGAGGCAGCCACGUGGUUAUCGAUAUGGAUAAUGUUGAGCCUUCCUCAGCCACCUCGGUGGAAAGACUCCUAAACCCUGAAUGCACAAAGAGGGGAUUCAGCUCAGACACUCAGAUCCCUAAUGCGGGUCACUCCAAGUCCCUGGAUCUCGGCCAGCCAGGGGUAGUGUUGGUGGCGCCAGUCAAAGACAGGAAGCACAGGAGCUGGCCUAGACUCGACCACAUUGGCCUGGUCAACUAUGCAAAACUGGAAAGCCGGGGCGAGUCUUCUGAUAGGCUGUUGGAGCCAGCGAGGGAGCCUAUCAGUGGCUUGAGCAGGGAGCCUUCCCAGGAGGUUGUUGCAGAAACGGGUUGCGGAAACUGA